GGUCGGCCGCGUACAGUGCUGCGAGCAGAAAAAGACGGCCGGCCGAGGAUGUUUAGAUAAUGAAAGCCCGUAUUAAAGGUUUUGCAAUGGGGACAGUCUGUGUGACCAACUAACUAAACUAGCUGUCUGGCUAGUACAAUUAUUGCACACAGGGACUGACGGAUUAAGGCUCGUACCCGUGCAGGCGCUGCCUAUGGAGAGCAGUAAAGGAGGGGGCUGGUCGAAGGGCGGCCAGGAGUCCGCCAUGGACGCCGUUCCCUACUGCUGCGCGGCCUGCGACGGCGGGGAGGUGCCCGGCCGCGGCCACGCCAUCCGGGGCCGGCCCAAGGCCCGCAGCCUGUCUGCCGCCCCCGCCCUGGGCAGCUGCACCGACUUCAGGAGGACGCAGUCUCUACAUGGACCAAGCCCCGUUACCACCUUUGGACCAAAAGCUUGCAUGCUGCAGAAUCCGAAAGCAGUCAUGCACAUUCAGGAUCCAGCCAGCCAGAGAUUAACGUGGAACAAGCCCCCCAAAAGUGUCCUUGUGAUUAAAAAGAUCAGAGACGCCAGUCUGUUGCAACCUUUCAAGGAGCUCUGCAUAUUUCUCACUGAGGUGAAAGGCAUGAUUGUUUACGUGGAGAGGAAGGUUCUGGAAGACCCGGCCAUCGCAGGCGAUGAGAGCUUUGUGGCGGUGAAAAAGAAGUUCUGCACUUUCCGAGAGGAUUUCGAUGACAUUUCCGACCAGGUGGACUUCAUCAUCUGUCUCGGGGGAGACGGCACCUUACUGUAUGCGUCAUCUCUCUUCCAGGAGAGCGUUCCCCCUGUCAUGGCCUUCCACCUGGGCUCCCUGGGCUUCCUCACACCCUUCAACUUCGAUACCUACCAGUCUCAGGUCACACAGAUCAUCGAAGGCAACGCCGCCAUUGUCCUGCGAAGCCGCCUGAAGGUGAAGGUGGUGAAGGAGUGCAGAGAGAAGAAGCAGGGCGUGGUGGACGACAAGGGCCUGAUCCUCACCAAUGGUGACACCGACACCGCCCGCAGAGCUAUGCAAUACCAGGUGCUUAACGAGGUGGUGGUGGACCGGGGACCUUCGUCGUAUCUGUCAAACGUUGACCUCUUCCUGGACGGACACCUGAUCACUACAGUGCAGGGAGACGGUGUGAUCGUUUCCACGCCGACGGGGAGCACGGCCUACGCGGUGGCGGCGGGUGCCUCCAUGAUCCACCCCAAUGUGCCGGCCAUCAUGAUCACGCCCAUCUGCCCCCACUCGCUGUCCUUCCGGCCCAUCGUGGUGCCCGCGGGCGUGGAGCUGAAGAUCAUGCUCUCCCGUGAUGCCCGAAAUACUGCCUGGGUUUCAUUCGAUGGGAGGAAACGACAGGAAGUCUGUCAUGGAGACAGCAUCACCAUCACUACCUCCUGCUUCCCCGUGCCCUCCAUCUGCUUCCGGGACCCCGUCAACGACUGGUUCGAGAGCCUCGCCCAAUGUUUACACUGGAACGUCCGAAAAAAGCAGAACCACCUGAGCUCGGAGGAGGAGGAGUUCUGAGCUGCGCCCCAGCAUGGGGCUGUGGACUUUGUGAAAGACUCCCAAAUCAGCAGCGGACUACAGCGAUUUGGGCUUCCUUUAGCACUUUGAAAGUUCUGUGUGGACUCGGAUGUCGGAUCAGGGAUACAUUACAGUAUGUACUCUAGUGAGACUAUGAAGGACGACUCUGGCGCUGAUGAAGAAGUAGUCCCGACGAAUACUGUUUCUGAGGCAGAGAAUCUUAAUGACGCACUUUGAACUUUUUAUUUAUCAUAACUCUUUACAGAAAGAAUGGGGUGUGUGUGUUCUUCUGAGAAUGGCAGGGGAAUUUAUGUAUGUCCCCUGCACAUUAAAAAUGUAGUUAGUGCCUUAAAAAAACCUCUAAUUAUUCUGAAACAUAAUCAUCUUAAAUUUAAUCUUCUUUAUUUUAUUUCCGUCACUGUACAAGUGUAAGGAAAUGAUGUUCCAUUACAGUCUCUUGAAAUGGAAUUAUGAAUCUGUGGUCGAGAGAAACGUUUUUUUUUUAUUUUUUAUAACAAAAGCCAUUUGAAAAUUCUGAAAUGCCACUUUUGUCAUCAAAGAAAAUGACAACCAUUUCUGAUCAGCUUCUUCCUCGGUUAAUUUAGUGUGUUAACUGUUACAUGUUAACAUGUUAUGUAGUGUCAAGCGAGUGUCAGUGGAAAAGAUCUUCCCCAGUCAGAAAACACAGGUACUCAUUCAGUGGGACCAUCAGCAUAUUGCUUUUUACCUUUUCACAAUAGGGCAACAGGUGCACCAAAGCUUAUUUUGCUGUCACUAUUUAGAAUUUACUUUAAAUUUUGAAGUAGUAUUUUGAAUAUAUCUUAUGUAAUGUUCAGAGUGAGAGGGUCAGUUUUUACAUCUUUGACAUUUUGUAACUGUAAUACUUGAGCGCUGACUUGUGUAUUUUCCAGCGUUUGGAUGUAUGCUGAAAGGAUAUCAUCUGUCAGCAAAUCUGCAUUCCUUUCUGUACUGUACUAGUUUUUGAUGGACUCUGAACAGUCCGUGUUAUCCUAAAAGUGGCCUUCUUCACCAGUAGCAAGAUGGCAAUAUUCUCUCGGCUCCAAUGCUGGAGCUGCGUAAAACAUAUGUGAAUAUGUAUCAAGGCUGUUUGCAUUGUGAUGAGGGAAGAUUGUUGAGCUAACUUAAAGCAGUACCACUUCUAAUCCUGUCUUAUCAGAAUUACAACAUGUGUAAAGAGUAUGGUCAUUUUAAUCUUGAGCAUAUACAUAUUUUGUAUGUGCUGUAUAUUUUAAAUGGGGGGGAAGAACUUGGUAAGUGUAAUCAACCAACAUUUUUAAUUAGAUAUUCAGGCAGGGUAAGCCAUUUUAAGAUUUAAAAUAAUAGUAACUCUUCCUACAAACUGCCUCAGAAAGAUAAAUUGGAGCCGAAUCCAGUGCUCCAAUGUGCACCAGCAUUCCUCACUCCAGAAGAUUAGUGAAUAGAAAUCGAUGAAUUUGAAACUCAUUCCUUUUUAACGUAAAAUGUCUGAAUGGUGUGUGUUUCAUUGCUGCAGCCUUUUUAUUUUGAUAUUGUUUGGUUGGUUAAAAUCUUUCUCUCUUCAUUUUGUGAUUGAAACACAUACAGAUCUGCCUUAGUCAUUGGUCACAGCGAUACAGGGGUGUUGCUCUGCUGCCUGUUAAUGCCUGAAGACUAUUGUUAUCCAUUCAGGACGCCUGACCUGAGGUUCAGGUGAAGAAAACUGUCCAAAAGAGAUUACUCUUGUCAAAAUAGAAGUGCUCACAGGAUUGGGUCGUAUAGUCAGUUUUAGCUUUGACUUGUAAUGGCCUACCUAACAUUCCUGAAAUCACUACAUUAUAUCAGUUUACAUCAUCUCACAGUAAAAUCUUGCCCUUAGGUGGCUCCGUAAUAACGACAGGCAUCCAAUGUAUUCUCAUUGAAAUCAGCCUGUGUCAGGUUUGUCAGCUCCUCUCAGCUAGUUAAGUUUAUAUGGGAUACCACUUUGACCUGUGCACAGCUUAGUCAGUUUGUCACACCU